UGCUUAGCGACCGGACUCCAAACUUCCCAGCGGACCAGUCAACUUGUCCUCAGUGUCUCUCUCCUCUGGCUUUAUAAAGUAAAUGUAUGUUUAUUGAGGAAGAAGCUGUCCUAUGACUUUAGUUAAUCCUGCUGUUUACAGAGUUCACAUCUCAGCGAACAUGUCUACAGUCAUUACACAGCCUCACUUCAUCCUCGGUGUGAGGACAGGUGUGAGGAACAACCUCAGCUUCGUGGAUGAGCAGACUGUCGUGUUUCCGAGUGGGAAUAACUGUGUGUGCUACAACAGCGUCCACAGAGGCCAGAGGUUCAUCCCAGGCUCAGAGAAAAGCCGAGGCAUGCAUGCUUUGGCCAUCAGUGCCAACCGGCGUUACCUGGGCGUGUCAGAGAGCGGUGAGAAGGCCACCAUCACCGUGUUCGACCUGCAGCACGAACAAGGCAGAAGAAGAAAAGUCCUCACUGCUGGAGACAUGCAGGUUCAGGAGUUUGUGUGCAUGGCUUUCUCCCCUGAUUCCAAGUACUUGAUAGCCCAAACAGGUGGCCCAGACUGGAUGCUGAUCUUCUGGCUUUGGGAGAAACAGAAAGUCCUGGCGACGGUAAAGACCAGUAGCUCAGCCAAUCCUGUUUCCCAGGUCAGCUUCAACCCUCACAACAACAUGCAGCUCUGUGUGAGCGGGACUGGUGUGUUCAAGCUGUUCCGGUAUGCAGAGGGGGCCCUCAAACAGAGCAGCUUCCCUAAAGUUGAGUCCAUCAACUUCCUGUGUCACGCCUGGAUGACGGCGGAGUGUGUGGUGGCAGGGACAGACACGGGCAGGCUGCUGAUGUUUGAGUCUGGAGAUCUUAGAAGAGAGAUUAACAUGGCUUUGAGGGCGGUGCAGGAUCAGUCUGACAGACUACCAGAGAUGAAGAAGAUCAAAGACCCUGAUGUGGACCAAGGCCAUAAUGUCCCUCACAUCACAGCCAUCGUGUCGUACUCAAAGGGUUUUGCCUGCUCUUUUGGUCCUGGCACAGUCUACCUCUUUGAAAAGAAUGAGGAAGAAGGUUACAAAAGAGUCAGGGAGAUCCAGAUCCCUCCAGAUCCUUCCUGCAGUGAGCUGACUCCAGCUGGAUGCCAGGUGAUUGACACGAUGUGCAUCAGUCCAGCAGAGGAGACUGUCGCCAUCAGCACGGACAGAGGACAGCUCUACAGCUUCAGCCUGUCCACUGUGGAGGGGAACAAGGGGGACCAUUUUGAGUUCCUGUCGCAGUCCUUUCACUCCAAGUCCAUCACUGGGUUAUCCAUCUGUGUUCGAAAGCCCCUUGUAGCCACCAGCUCUCUGGACCACUCUGUCCGCAUCUGGAACUAUGAAACAAAAGUGUUGGAGCUUUAUAAGGAGUUCCAGGAGGAGGCGUAUAGCGUGGCUCUGCACCCCACUGGCCUCUCCAUCCUGGUUGGCUUCUCAGACAAACUGAGGCUGAUGAACCUGCUCAUUGAUGACAUCCGCACCUUCAAGGAGUUCACUGUGCGCGGCUGCAGAGAGUGUGCUUUUAGCCACGGUGGACACAUGUUUGCAGCUGUAAAUGGAAACGUCAUCCACAUUUACUUGGUCCUCUCUUUCGAGAAUAUCAUUAAUCUGAAGGGCCACAAUGGGAAGGUGCACGGUAUUGAAUGGAGUCGGGACGACAGCCGGCUUGUGUCAUGUGGGGUGGAUGGCGCAGUGUACGAGUGGAACAUCCAAACUGGCAAGCGUGAGUCUGAGAGUGUCCUCAAGUCCUGCAGCUACACAGGUGUCGCCUUCUCCUCAGACUGCAAGACCAUCCUAGCUGUGGGAACAGACUUCACUCUGAAGGAGAUCCAGGAUUGUCAGGUUCUCAGAGAGGUUCCUGGUGAUGAGGUCGCUCACACAGCUGUGGCAGUGUCUCACUCUGGCAGGGCUGUCUUCACUGGGACCUCCAGUGGAACCAUCAGAGCCAUUAAAUACCCGUUACCCAUCCAGAAGGAAUGGAUCAUGUACCAGGCUCACUGUGGCCCUGUCACUAAGAUGGUGAUCACGUUUGACGAACAAUUCCUGCUCACAGUGUCUGAGGACAGCUGCCUGCUGAUGUGGAAGAUUAUUGAUAAGGAGGGCCGUGCGCUGAGGAGCAACAGGCAGAUCAUCCACACUGAAGAGAUCCUGGUCACCAGAUCAGACUUGGAGGAGAAGAACCAGAACAUGCUGGAGCUGAGGAUGCGUCUGGAAGAGCUGCAGAUGGAGAACGAGUACCAGCUCCGCCUGAAAGACAUAAACUACAAUGAGAAGAUAAAAGAGCUUUCUGACAAGUUCACCCUGCAGAUAGAAUCUCUGAAGACAAUGCAACAGGGCAUGAGGAUGGAGAUGGACAAACGGGAACACAAGCACCAGGAGAGUUCUAGAGGGGUCUCUUUGACUCACUCAAAGGAGCUGACAGAUCUGGAGCUAUCCUGUAGUCAGAAACUGAUUGUGGAGCAUGAGAGGUUCCAGGAUCUUCAGCAGAAAUAUGACAGAAUGCAGGAAGAUUAUCAGACGCAACUGAAGGCUGCAGAGGACAGCAGAGUCCAGGCCCUGGAGGAGGUGACGCAGCUCUACGAGGCCAGGCUGCAGGAGAAGACUCGGCACCUGGCUCAGUGUCAGGAGGAGUCACAGCAGCGGGACCGAGAGCUUAAAGAGAUGAUAAGACAAACAGAGGAGGAUCAGGAGAGGAUGAUCAAUGACAUCCAAAUCAAAUAUGAGAGGAAAGUGCACACUGAGCAGGACACCAACACAAAGCUGAAAGGAGAAACUGUUCACAUCACACAAAAGGUCUACACUCUGCAGAGACAGAUCGAUGACAAGUGCUCAGACAUAAAUAAGAUGAAGAAGGAGCAGCAGAGGCUGGUGGGAUUGAUCCGCUCACUGGAGAGUGACAUCGAGGAGCUGAAGCGGCAGAUCGCUGGACACGAAAAGACCAACCAAGACAAGGAUAAGACCAUCUCCAACCUGAAGAAGAAGAACCAGGAGCUGGAGAAACUGAAGUUUGUUCUUGAUUUCCAGUUGAAUGAGUUGAAGAAGCAGACGGAGCCUCAACUAGACGACAUCAAUGAAAAAACAGAGCAGAUCCAUCAGCUGGAGGAGGAUCUGGUGCAAAUCGACAACAGCAACACUCAGCUGAAGGUCACUGUCUCUGAUCUGAGGCUCAAACUGAAGACCAGAGACAAGGAGAUGCAGAAGGAGGUGCAGAAGGUAAAAGAUUUGGAGACACACCUCCAGCGGCUCAAGUCAGACCUCCAUAAGUGUGUUGGCUUCAUCCAAGAGCCCAAGAAACUGAAGGACAGUGUGCGGACCAUCUAUGCUCGCUACGUACCACAGCCCGGUGAAGCCGAGACAAAGACUGUAAAUGAAGACGUGGUUCAGGCCAUUGUUCAGCAGCGUGAUCACCUGGAGAAGACUGUUAGUGAUCUCAAGACAAGGCUGGUCAAAUCAGCUGAAGAUCAUGAGAGAGUCUAUGUCAAGAUAAUGAAGGAAAAUGUGACUCUUAUAACUGAAAUCAAUGAACUGCGGAAGGAGCUGCGUCUGGUGAGGAUCCAGGUCAAAGACUAUAAAUCACAGCUGGCCAAGAUCAAGCAGUCUAACAAGUCCCGUCCUAACUCAGAGGAUGGUCCCAAAACGGAGCCCAAACAUGAAGACAUCAACUGACACCAACAAACAAACAAACAAACAAAAAAAAGAAGCAUAAUCAGACCCUAACUCCUCUUCCUCAGAGCCGUUGUAGCUCUGCAGCAAGUGCUGAGGAGGAUGUUUUUUGUUAUGAAGCACACAACACAAAUCACAAACCUUUCUUUCUUUUUUUUGCAUUGCUGGAUUUUCUGGCGUUGAUUUGUUGAUUUAGUAUUUAGACUUGAAUGUAAUAUCAUUCAUCACGCUCUGAAUGUCAGAAGAAGCCAAAGCUUACCUUUAAUCUGUUCUCAUACUAACCAUGAAGGCAUUAUUGGGUAGAAUAUAAUCAUAUUGAAACUAU